UCCAAAUGGCCAAUCAUCAUUACAUUGUUAAUCGACCGCACUGCCAAGGAAUGGACAGACCACUUGGAUAAAUAAGAUUGAGUUUAGACGAGGAACGCACGCGCCGGUUUCACACUCUGAUGUGUCAUGAUGUGUUUGUUAUGUCGAUAUGUGUUGGUGUCAUAUAAAUAAUGUGACGAAGUUGUCAUAAAAUUGAACAACUAUUUAGACAGAGGGACACGCAUUCUGGAGGACACUAGCAAUCCUGGAUGGACUAUUGACGAUAGUCUAAACCUGUAACUUGGACUUUACGAGAAGUAAAGGAGAGAGACUCGUAACUGAUCAGAACGCAUUGAUUCAACACAUUGAUUCUGUCAGAGAUGCAGACGUUCGUGAAAGGAAAAAGAGUUGGAUACUGGCUCAGCGAAAAGAAGAUUAAAAAACUCAGUUUCCAGACCUUCGUGGACAUGUGCAGGAAACAAGGCAUAGAGAUGAUCCAGCUGGAUCUGAGCCAGCCAAUAGAGAAGCAGGGUCCAUUUGAUGUCAUCAUCCACAAGCUGACUGACCACAUUGUUGAUGCUGACCAAAAUGUCACAGAGUCUCUGCUGCUUGUUCAGGGUGUUCAGGACUACAUAGAUGCUCAUCCUGAAACAGUGAUUCUCGACCCUCUUCCGGCCAUUCGUACUCUGCUGGACCGCUGCAAGUCAUACAAGCUAAUCCAUAAACUUGAAGAAUGCAUGCAAGAUGACAGAAUCUGCUCUCCUCCAUUCAUGGUCCUCAAGAGUGAAUGUGGCACUGAGACUCUGGAGCAGCUUCAGAAACAUGGAAUUACAUUUCCCUUCAUUUGCAAAACCCAAGUAGCUCAUGGCAUCAACUCCCAUGAGAUGGCCAUCAUCUUCAGUGAGGAAGAUCUGCAGGACAUCAAGCCCCCAUGUGUCAUCCAGAGCUUCAUCAACCAUAAUGCAGUGCUGUAUAAGGUGUUUGUUGUAGGAGACGCCUACAAUGUGGUUCAGCGGCCCUCCAUUAGAAAUUUCCCAUCUGGACCCACAGACAGGAGAGCAAUAUCCUUCAACAGUCACAAUGUGUCCAAACCAGAGUCCUCUUCUGACCUGACCUGCAGGGACAACAUGGAGGGCCAGUAUGGGGAACCCAACAAUGAUGUCAUUCAGAAAAUUUCCAGAAGGUUACGACAGGCCCUUGGCAUUUCUCUGUUUGGGAUUGACAUCAUCAUCAACAACCAGACCGGCCAGCACGCCGUCAUCGACAUCAACGCUUUCCCAGGUUACGAAGGAGUCCCCAAGUUUUUCGAUGACCUGUUGAGUCACAUCACCAGCGUCCUGCAAGGUCAGGUGUCUAAUGGAGCGGCGUGUGGUCAUCUGAGAUUGAACGGGAUAGCUCAGAGCCCAUCUGUGGCCUGUGGGAUGCACUGUGGCAUGCUGGGAAAUGAAAGCAGUUGGUUGAUGGACAGCGAGGGGAUAAAGAAAGGUCCCCAUCAGGGACUGAGUUGCGGUGGUGCUUGCAUGGCUCCAAACUUUCACCAGCAUGGCAGGUCGAGUUUAGCAGCGGAGACGUCCUCUCAGUGAUGCCGAGAGACAACGCAAUAGAAUAUUUCUUUACUGUUCAUAAACCAAAUGAACCCUCAUCAAAGGGUAGGUAUAUAAAAGAUUCCUUUGUGCCAAAUGUGAAUUGUGUAGGACAUGAUUGAACGUGUCUUUUCAUUUAUUUAAUUUCAUGUUUCGAAUGGUUGUCCUGAUCUUGGAGAUAUAUAUGAUUAGAUUUUUUAUGAAUCUUGCACUGAACUUGAUAUGCAGAAAAAGGGCUUUGUGGAGAAACUACAAAUUUUAUUGAUGUUAAUAUAUUAAUGAAAUACUUGAAAGGAAAAUUGGGGUCAUGAUUUGGGUGUAAGACAUUGCACUAUUUAAAUAAGUGUCCAGCUGGUACUAAGGCUUCUCUUGCAUGUAUCAUAAAUUCUGGCAAAAUAAGAGAGCUUGAAGACCUUUAGUGCUGUCUGAAGCAAUCUGCUGGCAAUUAAUCUCUUAAAACACGGCAACAGCAGCUCUGCUUGCUUUUUUUAAAAAGAUUGAAGAGUACGAUUUUUUUUUUUUUUUUUUAAGGCUGAAUAAUU